AUGCCGGAGGAGGAAGAACGAGAGGAAUUAGCCAAAGUCAUCAGACAGUGGAACAACAACAGACUGGACUUGUUUGAAAUAAGCCAACCUGAUAAGAACUUGGAGUUUCAUGGGGUGAUGCGCUUCUACUUUGAGGACCGUGUUGGAGGAAAUGUGGCCACAAAGUGCCUGCGUGUUUGCAGCAACUCUUCUACUCACGAGGUUAUCGAAACUCUGUCAGAGAAGUUCAGGCCUGAUAUGAAAAUGCUGACUACUAGAUAUUCCCUGUAUGAGAUCCACGCCAAUAAAGAGCGUAAACUGGAUCUGGCCGAGAGACCUUUGGUUGUACAAUUAAACUGGAACACAGACAACAGAGAAGGACGUUUUGUGCUCAAGAAAGACAGGGAGAGUUUGGAGGAAAACUGUCACGAGAAGGAAAAAGGAGGCGUGAUCCAAAGCUUUAAGAGGACACUGUCAAGGAAAGAAAAGAAGAAAGAGAAGAACAAAACUAAAGGAACCGACAAGGUUUCAGAGGAUGAGAAUGGGUCAACUGAAAAGCUACUAAAUAACAACAGCAUUUCUGUGUCUAACCAUGAGACAAAAAGGAGCUGCACAGAAAAGGAAAAGCAACAGAGGCCGGCUGCCCCGGCUGAGGAGGCCUUUCUAUCUGCCGUCAUAAAUUACACCAACAGCUCCACAGUUCAUUUCAAGCUCUCACCUGCAUACACCCUCUAUGCUGCGGGACGCUUUGCUCUGCAACGCCAUUACAGGCGAGGCUCUUCAUCCUCAGGCCAGACACUCGGUGUAACUUUGAUCGCAAACAAAAUGGUGUCCAUGACAGGGAAGGUCAUCCAGAGGCAGCAGGCCAUCGCCGGUGCACUCGCCUUCUGGAUGGCCAACUCCUCUGAGCUGCUGAACUUCCUCAAGCAUGACAAAGACCUCUGUUCGCUCACACAUCAGAGUCAGCUGGAUCUGUCCCACCUGGUGCACAAAGCUUACAGUUGCCUCCUACAGUGUCUACAGAAUGAGUUAAGGAAGUCCUUGCCAACUUUCUUGAUUGAUCCUGAGCAACAUGGUGCACUGCCAGCUGGUAUAGAGAUGGUGCUGAACACCUUGAUGAACACCAUGUCCCUUUCACGCCGCUGCCGGGUCAACCCUGCCCUAACCAUCCAGCUCUUCUCCCAACUCUUCCAUUUCAUCAGCGCCUGGCUCUUCAACCAGCUGAUGAGCUCAGAGGCUAACACUCCAGGCCUGCGCUCCCACUACUGGGGAGCUGCUCUCCGCCAGAGGCUUACGGCCAUCGAAGCCUGGGCGGAGAGGCAGGGCCUGGAGCUGGCUGCUGACUGCCACCUCGGACACAUUAUCCAGGCAACCAUGCUCCUGACCAUGAAGAAGUACUCGAUGCAAGAUGUGAAGGCCAUCCAGAAUACCUGUUUUAAACUGAACUCAAUGCAACUGCAGACGUUGCUAUCCGGCUACCUCUAUGCAACCAAUGAGCCUCACAUCCCCCCUGAUUUGAUCGAUGCCGUAGUGGCGGCUGCGAAGGCCUCAGCAGAUAACCUGAUUCAGAGCGAAGGACGGGACAUCCAGCUGGAGGAGAGCCUUGACCUGCACCUGCCCUUCCUGCUGCCGGAGGGAGGAUACUCCUGUGACACUGUGAGAGGAAUCCCUCCAGGGUUUAGGGAAUUUUUGGAGCCAAUUUGCCGGAAAGGUCUCUGCUCUUUAACAUCCCAGCCGAACUCCAAAGGUGACUGGACCGUGUACUUCAGUGAACCAACUUCCUCUGCAGAGAGCACAUACUUGGCAGCACACAGAGAGCCAGAGAUGGUGACUAUUACACUGAACAAACCUCUAAACAGUGGGAUGGGGGUCAGCAUUGUGGCUGCCAAGGGAGCGGGUCGAGGAAACCUUGGGAUUUAUAUCAAAUCUAUUGUCAAGGGAGGACCAGCUGAAAUGAAUGGCAGGUUAACAGCUGGGGAUCAGCUGCUGAGCGUGGAUGGUCAAAGUCUGGUCGAUCUCAGCCAAGAAAGGGCUGCAGCUAUCAUGAUGCAAACCGGCCCCGUUGUGACCUUAAAGGUUGCAAAGUUUGGAGCGAGCUACCACGGCCUCGGAGCUCUGCUGAGCGAAGCAACCUCAGAAAGGACUACAGGACAUAAAAGCCCCGCCAAGCCAAACGGUGAAGCACUCAUGCUGCACAGGGUUGUGGAUCCAGGUCCCUCAGAACAGCUCCAUGGAGGCAGCAAAAGGAAGAAAGACCAGAUGAUGCAAAGAAACAGACAACUUUAUCGCUCCAACCCCAACAUGACCGAUUCCACCCCCGAGGAUGGAGAUGAACCUGCCGCUGCUGUGUCCACUAGCAACCUUUGUGCUGAUACAUUUCACAGGGAAUACUUGACACUUCCAACCCCUAAAUCCCAGGACAAAAACUCAUUUGAAUCCAGUCGACCACAGCAAACAUUCAAAGUGUCUUUGAGGCCUUUAGAUGGACAGAGCUCCAGUAAGAGGACCUUCAUGCGCCAAGCUCUGUCACAGGAGAACUUGUGUAUGGACAGUGGAGGCCCCCUGCUGGACAAAAGGCAGAACUUGUGGGAGCAGAAGGAGGAGCGGGCAAAGCAAACCAUGAGCCACUACUCAUCUUUCCCAAUUCGCUCAAGUGUUUCUACUCAUGACAUCCUCUCAGAUAAUUGUUCUUCUACAAAACAGCAGCAGAGCGGCCGUACAAGUGGCGCCGGUAUCUGGAGAACUCCUUUUUCACAACAUCCAACACCGACGCCUUCCAACCAGCCAAUACGCAUCGACAUCCCUGUAACCAGAGCAGGGAACACAAAUCCAAAUCCUCCGCUCACCACCUUCCAGAGUUCAUCUUUGCUGGCGGCGAGGAUGAGCCAAACCCUUAAAGUAAAUGGAAAUGAAAAGAGAGCUAAUCAUAUUUAUGCAUGUCCCAUUACUGCAACCAGGAAGCUACCUCAGCAGCACAGAUCCAACACACACAGGGAUCAAGCUGCAAAACCCCAACUAAGCAUCACUCCAACCAAACACGUCUCCUUCCAAGAACCUCCCACUCAGAAGAAGCAGGGCACGGGUCCUACCAGGCCAAAGGACCCUCAGGAGCAGUCUGACCCGUGGCGGAGGGAGGCCCGGGAGAAGCGGGAGAAGCAGCAGAGGCUCCGUGCGGUGGAGCUCCUGGAGCAGGAGGUGCACGAGCUCCAGGGUAGAGCGAGGCGCUCGGCGGAGGAGAACGAGCGGCUCCGAAGGCUCAGCCUGGAGUGGCAGUUUCAGAAGAGGCUGCAGGAGCUUCAGCAGAGAGGAGAGGAGGAUGAGGAUGAGGAGGAGGAAGAUUUGGACAUGAUGGUGACGAUACAGCAGCUGGAGAAGAGAACACAGAACAAGAAGAGCUCUGCUGAGAACGUCAACACUGAAUUGAAAGAGUUAGAAAAGCAGGCAGGAACUUAUCUCUCCCAAAAGGAAGACAAGGCAAAGACAGAUCAAAGACCAAGCGGACUGAGUCAAGAUAUUAACAACAUGGCAUCAAAAGAAAGCCAGGAGGAGAAAACCAAGAGAGCACCGGCUCCUGAAAAGCUCACAUUCAAGGAGCGUCAGCGUCUCUUUUCUCUGGCGUCCAGUGCAUAAAUGAAGAUUAAAGCCUUGUAAACUGAAACCUCAGAGGAGGAACAUGUCUAUAUAAACAAAGGAAACCAUGUGCUACGAAAAAUGACAGUACAGAUACAGUACCAUUUAAACAGACAGUGUGAGGAUGUAUUUACUUUAGAAAUGUUUGUCUUAGUUGAAUGUCCCAGGGACAUCGUGUGGGUAAUGACAACCCUGGGUGUAGUAUUGUCUUUUCCAGGACAUUGUUUUUUUUUAAUGUAUUACCUGUUUAAGCAUUCAUUCUUGUCUUUCCGUAUUCCUAGAUGAUAAAGUGUUCUUUUAGCAAUAUAAUUGAGGCACUUCUUCCACUUAUUGUAUGCUUAUUCUCUGUAAAAACCAGUGCUAUUCUGCUUCCUAACAGAAGCACAUAUGUUACUUGUGUAAAAGCUACUUUGUGCGCUGAUAAAACUGCACCACGGCUUUCUCUUGUUCGUGAGUUUCAAUCGAGCCUUUCCGCAGAUUGCGGAUC